GCAGCCCAGAGGACGCUCACUCCCGUCCGUGUCAGUCUCCGCCGGCACCGACCUGCGCUCGGAUCCGCGCGUCCUCCUGCUCCGCUCCUGCAACUCCGGCGGGGCGCUCCGCUCCUCUCCGCUUCUCUUCUCUCCUCUUCUCCCCCCAAACCCCGACACCUCCGGACGGCCGGUCCCUGGAUGCUGAUGAAUCAUCGGCGAGUUGGGAACAAGUGUGUGAAGAAGGCUCGGGAUCUGCGUCCGCGCCGCGUCCUGCACGGAAGACGAGCGUCCCGGGCUGGUGAUGGAGGGGCCGUCCCUGUACCUGCCCCUGGUCGUCCUACUGAUGCAAUGUUCCCCCUCCAGUGCGGUUACCGUGACAACCACCAAGCAUAAGGUGGAGGUGGAAGAGUCCUCAGACGCGGUGCUGUCCUGCCUGUUCCACACGGAGAGGGACCAGAACCCACGCAUCGAGUGGAAGAAGAGGGGGGAAGAUGUCUCCUUCGUGUACUUCAACGGGGAGUUCAGAGGUCCGUUCCAGGGCCGGGCGACCAUCGACGGAGCCACGGUGACCCUCCACAAGGUGACCCAGGAGGACGCCGGAGAGUACCGCUGCGAGAUCAGCGCGUCCCUGGACCCCGUCAGCUUAGGCGAGACCAACGUCACGCUCAAAGUCCUGGUGCCUCCGGACACGCCGUCCUGCGAGAUCCCCAGCUCGGCGGUGACGGGCUCGGCCGUGCAGCUGCGCUGCCGGGACCAGCAGAGCAUCCCGCCCGCCACCUACUCCUGGUACAAGGACAACAAGCCCAUCGACACGCGCCGCCACCCCAACGCCACCUACCUGAUCAACGUACAGACGGGGAUACUGGAGUUCAGAGAAGUAGCCAAAGACGACACCGGCCACUACAAGUGCCUGGCGUCAAACGGAGUGGGAUCGCCCAAGAUGUGUGAGGGCAAGCGCAUGACGAUAGAGGACGUGAACGUGACGGCGGUGGUGGCGGCGGUGGUGGUGAUCUGCCUGGUGGUGCUGGUCUGUGGCUGCGGGGGGCUCGUCCUGCACCGCAACGGCUUCUUCACCCCAGAGCACCGAGGGAGGUCAUUUUGGAUCUCCGAGUGUCACGGUGCAGCCCACAUCAGCAGCCAAACUCUGCACAGAACCGAAGACACGUCCAAUGUCAACUACAUCCCACCACCGCAAGAGCCCCAAGAUUUCAAACACACGCAGUCGUUCAUGCUCUGAGAAGCUGGCCUUCCUUCAAAAGACAAUAAAUACAUCAGCCCUGUGAUGAGGUGCCAACGCUGGAUUCAGACGUCCUCCCCUCUCUGUCUGGAUUCAGAUUGAGUUUUGAUCCUUUAAUAUUUGCAAAUCUCAAUCUUUUUCUUCCACUGUUUGUUUAAGUUGAGUUUUAUGGAGCAAAGUUUUAAAACUUUUUUCUUGGCUGUAUGCUUCACCUCUUUUCUUUGACAUAUUCUGCUUUUUAAGGGGUUAAAGUACGCGUGUGUGGUACUUUGCCGCCACCUGGUGGCCAGAUGUUGAAACUGAUCUUUUCUGAGAUUAUCAAACACUUUCUUACAGUAGUACAAUUGUUUCACUGUUUUCAGUUUUAUUUUUUUUCUCCCCCCUAUUAUUUCAACCAAAGACUGAUGUUUUGAAUUAGUGACUUAAAUGAUUUGCUUUUAAAAAAUAAUCACAGGGGAAAUAUCCCUAAAGCCAUAGAGAAGCAUUUCAGUUCUUUUGAGAAAUACUCAGACUUAAAGCAGCUUACCUCAAGUCAGUAUUUUGUCUUCUGUACGUCUCAGGCGCCGACGCCACUAAAGAAACACCCGUCGUGAUCUUAGUAACAAGAUGUCACUUCAUGUAAAUCUACUGAGACCAAUCCCAUUCCAUCCUUAUGUGCCUGCAUGGUCUUUUUUUUUUAAUAUAAAUUUGUCUAUGAAUAUACUGUAUAACCUUGUGCCUUUUUUAAGUUGUCUGUCAUAUUUAUCUAUGAAAUCACACUUUUUUGUAAAGACUUGCCUUACUUUUUUGUUUUUAUAUUCUCGUGCCACUGUUUGACUGUUUUCAACUGUGUGGAUGACUUGUUCAGAGUUUUAUUUGAAUGAUGCAUCGGUAAUAAAGAGGUUUUCUAUUUGA